AUGGCACUGCGCGGUUGGCGACUGUUCGGGGUGGCCGGCACCAUACUGGUGUACGUCGGCGGUAUACUGUUCCUAUCGUUCGUGAGCCUGCAAGGACCGCAGCAGAAGCGCGGCGUGCAUGGACCACGUGGUUACGGCGAGUUCGAGACGCUACGCAACCGGGACCUGGGUCUGAUGGGCAAAAAGCCCCCGCUGCAGUGGUGCACGGAGCUGCACUACCUGGACGCACCGGUUCGAGUCCCUCGUAAGCCACCCAAGCUGCUGCAAACCUUUCCCGGUCAUUUCGUGAAGAAGUUCAGCGUGUACAACUACCACGCUGGCAGCAACAACCAGAACCUACACUCAGCGCCGGCAGGACCAGCCGACGGGAGCGAUGGGGCCAAUCCGGCCAGCUCCUCACACCCGGGACGGCCUCCUAGCGGCGAGCCAUCUAGUGAUAAGCUAGCGGAUAGUGAUAGCGUAAGCAGACGAAAAGCGAAAGAGCGACACGGGACACCGGAGUUGACGGCGCUCGUGUCCUUUCCCGGGAGUGGAAACACCUGGCUGCGGUAUCUAUUGCAGCAGGCGACCGGCAUCCUGACCGGUAGCGUGUACAAAGACUAUGGGCUUCUGAAAAGCGGCUUCCCGGCGGAGAGUGUCGCCAAUUCCUCGGUGCUGGUGGUUAAAACGCACGAAUGGGGCCCACAUGCCUGGACCCCGUACUCCAAAGCGAUUCUUCUGAUACGAGACCCGGAACGGGCCAUUCUGGCGGAGUUCAACCGCCAGUCCGGUGGUCACGUUGGUUUUGCCUCGCCCGACCGUUACCGUAGGACCAAGGGUCGAUAUUGGACUCAAUUUGUAAAAAAUAAACUUUGGGCAUGGGAACAAACGAACCUCUCGUGGGCGAAAAAUUUCACCGGUGAGGUUAAGCUAGUCUUCUACGACGAUCUGGUCGAAAACGUCGAAGGUACACUACGCAGUAUUCUCAAGUUUCUGAAUUACUCCACGGAGGAGGAACUGCUGGCGUGCGCCCUGAUGCGGAAGGAAGGUAUCUACCGGCGCAAGAAACGCAUCCUUCAGUUCGAUCCGUACAGUCCUGCCAUGCACGCGGCUAUCGACGAAAAGCGAGCCGAAGUGUAUGCAGCACUCGGACGCUACGACGCACAGUGAGAGAGGCUGAGGUGGAUGGUGCUGUUGAAAUUUAUGGGAUAUUUUUUAUCGUUCCUUUCCAUUAGUUUUGCACCUGGCUUGUUGCAGUUGCCGUGAGGUUACAGAAACGAGUCGUUCAUAUAGUAUAUUGUACAAAUCGAUUAGGGACGCUUUAAGGAAGCGAAAGAGAAACUCAACCCAACUAACCCGCCAGAAUGAACCGAAGUAUAUCUUUUCUAACUUUCCGCUCAAACGGUACGUUACUGCAAACGAAAUGAUUGCAUUUUUGCAACAGGUUGGCCUGGCAACGAAAAAGAGCAAGGUUGUGUUCAGUUUUCCAGCCACUUUUUCCCAUUUGUUACUGUAAUUUUCGAAACAUUAUGCUAGUCAGCGAGGUUUGCGUUGCGGUAAAAAAAACCGUACAGCCAGCCAAACCAACAGUAAGUUGCAAAACGUCUUAUUGUACUCGGUAUCAUAUAGGACGCGGCUCAGCAACACACAGCAAUGCGCUGGUAAACUUAAAAACAAAUAUUACAGUCAGAUUUAGAACAAAGCUGUAGACGCUGUAUGAAACUGGUAAGACUUUUAGAAUCAAGCUAGGAACAAAAUAGCUACAACAUAAGCGUACACAUAGAGGCAGCAUGCGUGUUUGUAGAAGAAUGUAUGCGAAUUUUACUAUCACCGCGUUAUGCAAGUAACAGCCGUGCACAGCCUAAGAAGAUGGAGAAUAUUACGAUAUAAAUCACCAUGCAACGAUUAGUAUCUUGUAUCAUGUGGUGUAACAGAAACUAACACAAUGUAUGAUAGCAUUGGGCUGGUGUAAACGAAUGUGCAUUAUGUGUAGACACCAGAGUAAAAGCAGACCGGAAUAAAAUUAUUUAGAA